CACUGUAGCUGAAAACUUCGAAAAUGCUGAAAGUAUCUAGCGGACAGACUUUAUUCACAUAUCCGUUGGCGAGAUAAGGAAAAAGGGUGGUGGAUCUACUUGUUUCCCCCAUGAAGUGAUUUCCACUUUGACAAUGGUAUCGAAGGAGAAAAAAAGGCGGAUUUUCUCGCAAAUCCAUUGAAAGUAAAUUUACUCAUGGAGAAAGGAGCCAGUCGGGAGUCAUGAGCACAGGUGUGAAGAAGCCUCCAUUAGCUCCUAAACCUAAACUCCCUGCCGUAACCAAACCCUCUCCCCCACCCAUUGCCCCCAAACCUGGCCCUCUCUCCCAGUCUUCAGCAAUCUCCCAACGUUCUCCUGCUACUCUCAAGAGGGAAAAACCGGCUGUCGCCCCCAAGCCAUGCAUCCCCAGAUCCUCAGCCUGCUCUCCCUCUGUUUCACCCCCGCCACCCAAACCAGCUGAAUCCCUUAAUCAGUCUCAGGAACAGCAGGAGACUUUAAAUGAUAACCUUUUUCUUCUCAACUCAAAGAAUGGGAUUUUAUCAGAGACUAGCAGACUUAAAUCGGAUUACAUCAUUCCCACUUGUUCAUGUGGGCACGGGAACUGUUCCCUGUGUCAUCUUCUGGAAAAUGGAAAUACAACUGAAACAGAGGGGGAUUUUCACAAAGAGCCUUUGCAGAACGGAGUUUCCACAGAGGGAUUUGUUGAGACGAGGCCGCAGGAGAGUAAGGAAAACCAGGAGGUGGGUGCAACUGUUGAUAAGGGUGAAGGUGGAUGGAUUACCAAGAAGCCCAGGGAUAAACCUCAAAGACAUAGACACAAAGAGGUGCAGAGGACUGAGGAGCUGAAGGAGAAAAUUUCAGAAAAUACUGUUGCUGAGCCUGAUUCAAAAGAUGUGCUGGUAGAAGUCCAAAGCAUAGAAAUAUCAGACUCUAAGUCAGCCUGUGAUGUUGCAGGCAGCAUCAACGUCUUGUCAAAUGUGACUCCUCAUGAGUCUUCUGCAGAACACUCUCAGGUGGAAAGUAAAACAUCUCCUACCCGGUCUCACCCCGAUCUGCAUGUCCCUGCUGCUCCCAGUAAGCCUCUACCAGUCCCUCACCCACGUAAGCUCAAAAAGCCAGCCUUGGUGAGGCAGGAUGGGCUGGAGGGAGGUGCCCAGGAUCAGAUCGCAGAGGAACAAAAACAACAGUGUAAAACGCAGGAAGCAGAGGGAAAACUGACUCUUUCUCUCAGUUCAGAGAGUGAGGAACUCAAACAGGACACUCAGGGUGAUGACCCAUCCCUGAAGGACUCAGAUUUGGAAGAUAAUGAGACCAUUGCACCUGUGCCCCCUCCUCGUCAGACUUCCCUCUCGCCUCGUUUACAAAGAACAGUCCUUAACAAAAACACCUCCCACUCUUUAGAUCUACUCACACAACCUGAGUCAGUGAGCCAGAGUAAAGAGGUUGAAGAUGAUGAGGAAGAUGGGUACGGUGACUUUGAGCGGUACCCGAUCACCCACAGCCUCCCCAAACAGAUCAAACUCGGCUGUCAGCCCCCCCUAGCCAGCACCAGGAAGGCCUUUUCCGCUGACGAGCAGCAGUCACCGAGGGCGCCACCUAGAAAACCUCAGAGACACAGCCUGCCAACACCUCCUCCACCUUCCAUCUGCCCUCCUGCUCCGCCACACGGCAACACCCCCAUGAGGGAGUUGCCUGCUCCUCCUCAGGAGAAGACCACGUGGCGCUUCACGCGACCCUGCGUGACUUUUUUCAGCCGACAGAUGCCCACCAGGAGCAGCAUGCCACCCAAAAGCCGAGCCCCGAUGCUGGGGGGCAAGCAGAGAGCGCAGUCAUUCUCAGCAGCUGACCUGGCAACCCGGGUCAACUCGCAGAAGAGGAGCCUCUCUUUCCGUAAGUUGCUGGAGCUCCGGCUGUCAGUAAAAAUGCUGCCAAAGCUGCUGGCCAAGGGAGGGCAGUCGCUGGACUGUACCAGUGUGGAGUCAAACGGGGGGGAGAAAAGCCUGCAGAGGCCCAACAGCUGUAUCGGGGAGGCUGACAUUUGUGGAGAAGGUGUAGAGGGAUUGGUGGAGUACGAGAACGUGCCGCUGUAUGAGGAGAUCCCAGAGUAUAUGAACCUGCCGUUUCACAGUGCGAGGCUGGGCUGGCCACAUGACCCGGAUGCAGCCGAUUCAGACAUCUAUGAGGUUCAGGAUCCCUAUCACAGAUCCCAGGAUGAUGAGUAUGAAAGUGACUGGCUGAAGCAGGAUGUCCACUCUGAGGAAGAGGAGAUGCAUAGUUCAGAUGAAGAAGAGAGCAGCUCCACCUCCAGCAAGGAGCACCUGGACGAGGCAGACAGACAGCAAGAGGACGAGAUGAAGAGGAAGAAGGUGGUGCACAUCGCCCAGGAAAUCAUGAGCUCGGAGAAAGUGUUUGUGGAUGUCCUGAAGCUUCUUCACAUAGACUUUCGGGAUGCUGUUGCCAAAGCAACUCGUCAGAAUGGGAAGCUGGUGGUGGAUGAGCGGAUCCUCAGUCAGAUCUUGUACUACCUGCCUCAGCUGUACCAGCUGAACAAGGACCUGCUGAGAGAGCUGGAGGAGAGGGUGGCACACUGGAGCGACCACCAGAGACUGUCAGACAUAUUUGUCCAGAAGGGUCCUUACCUGAAGAUGUACUCCACCUACAUCCGCCAGUUCGACAACAACGUGGCUCUGCUGGACGAGCAGUGCAGGAAAAACCCUGCCUUUGCUGCUGUAGUCAGAGAGUUUGAGAUGAGCCCGAGAUGUGCCAGCCUGGCUCUGAAACACUACCUGCUGAAACCCGUGCAGAGGAUCCCUCAGUACCAGCUGCUGCUCACAGAUUAUCUAAAGAACCUCCCAGAGGACUCAGAGGACUAUAAAGACACACAAGCUGCCCUCAGCAUAGUGAAGGAAGUGGCCAACCAUGCUAAUGACAUCAUGAAACAAGGGGAUAACUUUCAGAAGCUGAUGCAGAUCCAGUACAGUCUUAAUGGCCACCAUGAGAUCGUUCAGCCUGGCAGGGUGUUUCUGAAGGAGGGAACUCUGAUGAAACUUUCCAGGAAGGUCAUGCAGCCACGCAUGUUUUUUCUGUUUAAUGAUGCACUCAUGUACACCACUCCAGUCCAGUCUGGCCAGUAUAAACUCAACAGUGUUCUCUCUCUUGCUGGAAUGAAGGUGAGUAAGCCCAGUCAGGAGGCCUAUCAGAACGAGCUAAACAUAGAAAGUGUGGAACGCUCCUUCAUCCUGUCUGCCAGCUCAGCUACAGAGAGAGAUGAGUGGUUAGAGGCCAUCGCCAAGGCCAUAGAUGACUACACAAAGAAGAAAAUAACUUUCAUAUCAAGUCGAAGUCAAGAAGAGGCUGAGGGUGUUGUGGACAGUGGGGCUCCUUUAGGUUCAAAGGCUCCCAUCUGGAUCCCAGAUCUGAGGGCCACCAUGUGCAUGAUCUGUACCUGUGAGUUCACCCUCACAUGGAGGAGGCAUCACUGUCGGGCCUGUGGAAAGGUGGUGUGUCAGGCGUGCUCUGCCAAUAAGUACUACCUGGAGUACUUGAAGAACCAGCCGGCUCGUGUGUGUGACCACUGCUUUGCCAAGUUGCAAGAGAAUAGUGACCGCUGUGCCUCCACAUCAGUGUCUCCUAUCAAAUCUGGAGCGUUCUCCUUCACCAGAAAGCAGAAGAAGAUUCCAGCGGCGCUGAAAGAGGUUUCUGCCAACACAGAGAACUCCUCCAUGAGUGGCUACUUAAACAGGUCAAAAGGCAACAAGAAGCAGUGGAAGAGGCUGUGGUUCGUCAUUAAGAAUAAAGUCCUGUACACCUACGCUGCCAGCGAGGACGUCGCAGCGUUGGAGAGUCAACCCUUGCUGGGUUUCUUCCUGCGGGAGGAGAAAAACGGGCCGGCUCAGAAACUGCAGUUCAAGCUGUAUCACAAAAAUACACUGUUUUACAUCUUCAAAGCUGACGACAUCCCCACAGCACAGAGAUGGAUCGAAGCGUUCCAGGAAGCGAUGAUUCUCGAACAGUAGACAUAGAGUCAGACAACUUAACGGCCCCCAACCGAUUGAUGAUCAGGGUUCACCGGCUCAGGAAGGACUCCGGGGGGAGCAACUACGCCACAAACAAGGGGACCAGAAGGCUUUGCCCUCCAGGAACUGGAGUCAUUUUGUCUAAACGUAUUUUAAAGCAGCAGCGCUCUGAGCUCAGAUAAGAGCAAGUCAUAGCUGUGGGUCAACGGUCAAGUCCAGGAGCAUGUAUGUGGAAGUGUGACUAAACAGCUGUGUUGGACGCUGAAAUCUGUCUGAAAUCUUUGGAAGUUUAAAGUCUGGGAAAGAUUUUUUUUGUUUGUGCUUUGGGUAAAGGACUCACUUCUGUGUGAAUCUAGAUAUAAAACUCCACCUUAAUUCAGAUUUCAUAUUGGCCAAACAGAUGUGUUAAAACCUACAAGCUUAACCUAAAAUAUUCAAUGUGAUUGCAUCAAAAUUAUUUAAAUAGAAGCGUUUAUUUAACAAGGUGGAAAUUCACUGUGAACAUCAGGCUUUAACACAGAAACAGGAAGUGGAUAUUCUACUUUUUAGGUUCAUCUCUCUGGUUAAUAGAUUUUAAGUGUAGAUUUUUAAACUUAAAACACCAAAACAUGUUUCAUAAUUAUGGUUUUAGAAAAGACAACAUCCUGGAGACAACUAGAAAUGUCACAAAUUUUGUAGAUAUUCUAAAUACAAAUUGUAUUUUUGCCCUUUUUAGCCAGAUGGUUAGAGGGUGAUAGUGUGUAUAUGAAUAUAAAAGACCAGCAUUGACCUUCUUUUUUUUAAAGCCAAGAGCUAAUAUUUAUAAAAUAGGAAGUUAUAUUUUUUAAAAAGUGCAGGCUGCCACUUAUUUUAAGAGUCUAGGUUUGUUAAGAAAAAUCUUUCAAUCAGAAUCAUUAUUUUUAUGGGAUUUUUUUAUGGAGUAAGCAAUAAAAGAAUGCAUGAAUUUUCCUUAAAAGAAAUUUCAGAAACAAGUUUAGAAUUGAACAUUUUCUUUCGAGAGACAUGGUGCCUUUUUUUAUAAAUGUUUUAUUUUGAGAUAAACUGUAAUAAUUUAGGUGCUUUGUUUGAAAUUUUACCAUCCACUCUGCAAGUGGGCUCACUUUAUUGCCAGGGUACUAAAAGUUUUUACUUCUGAAAGCAGCAAUUUAUCAGUUUUCUUCAUAAUUUGCAAUGUUACAACACUUGAUAAUAACAAAGGCAUUCAUGUAGAAACCUGUUUUUUUGUGUGUGUUUGUGAAGAAGCGAAACAGUUAUCUCAUUAGAGCUGUUUGGCUCCUGUUAACUCCAGAUUUUAGCAUUUGUAAGAAAAUGAUCUACUGCAGCCUGAUAUGAAGAUGAGUCUAAAACAUUUCUCCAUGGUUGUACAUUAACAUUUGUAAACACUCUUUCAGAGAUAGAGUCUCUUAUACACAUGUUUAAACUGUCCGGCAACAGUUUUUAAUAAAAUAUGUAUAAAUACAUUACUUGUCCUUGGAUUUCAUUUUGGUUUUGUUAGACGAAAUGAUUAAAAAGCAGGGAGCUGUGUGG